AUGAGGAAACGACAAUGUAUAUGCGGAGGAAUCAGUGGUGGACUGUUCUUGGUCGGUGCCGGUCUGGUGACAGCUGGUUUAGUUGUGGUUCUAAAAGUAUUUCCAGAUAUUGUAAAUAAAACAGUGAAAUCGCAAAAAGUUCUCGGACUUAACAGCGAUGGAACAUUGAACGAUUUCACAAAAUCCUGGGCCACUCCGUCAUAUAUAUCCACUAUGCAAUAUUGGGCUUUUGAUUACAAGAAUACUAUAGGGAUUCUAAAUCGAGCGAUUUAUCCGGACAUGGACGAAAAAGGACCUUAUUCGUAUGACGAAACUAUUGUAAACGCGCACAUAAAAUUCACGAAGAACGGUGAACAGAUGCAAUUCACACAAGCAACCACAUACAACUUCAAUCCGGCCAAGUCAUGUCCCACUUGUGAUCCAAAGAAGGACACUGUAACUAUUCCAGAUAUCAGCUUUUUCAUGGGAAUGGAGCAAAUUAAGGCCCUUGUCGAAACGCUACUAGGAAACGAAAUAGUGGUUGGCGCUUGUGAAUUGCUUCUAAAAGAGAAAUGUGAAGAGAUUGGGAAAUUAAUCGAACGAGAGAUAGGAACGUUUAUGACCAUCUUCGAAACGGGACCGUUCGUUACAGUGACUGUAGACGAGUUACUUUUCACUGGUUACGUCUCACCUCUCAUCACCAAGUUAGCGGAUCGCGUUAUAAAUAUCGUAAACACACUUAUUGGAACGAAAUUUCCUCUUGUGGAUCCAGCACCGUUUACCGUAGCUCUUAACACAGAAAAUGGAACGACAGACACUUUGUACACGGUGGAUUCAGGGAAAUUGGACUAUUCUCGAGCUGGUUAUAUUCUAUACUUUAACAAUAUGACCAACGCUUCAAUUCCUAGUCAAGGCAACAAACUCCCAUCACAAUGGUGGCCAGGAGCUGAAACACCAUCCUGUAACGGGUAUGCAUUGACGCUAGAAGGAACGAAUGGGGGCUUCUUCAAAUCAUUCUUAGAGAAGGAUGAGAAACUGCCCAUUUACAUCUCUGACAUUUGCAGAACAGCUGAACUGAAAUUUGAAAAAGAGGUAACAGUAAACGACAUUCAUGGAUAUCGUUUUUUAAUGCCCUCCGAUGAGUUCGACUAUUCGAUAACGGAUAAUUGCGGAUUUUGUAAUCCGAACACAUUGAGCCAAUAUGGUGCAUACGAUCUACCCGUGAACAGCACCUGUCUUCCGAGUGGACUUCUCGACAUCAGCGGCUGCCAGAAUAGUCCUAUAAUCAUCUCCAAACCACAUUUUUAUCAAGCAUCAAACAUUGUCAAGCAAUUUGUUCCACGUUUCAAAUCUUCGUACGACGACGAGACCACACUGGACAUAGAACCGCUGACAGGAACUGUGCUUUCUGCGAAUAAACGUCUCCAAAUCAACAUGCUCGUCAAUCAGUUUCCUACCAUUGGAGCGUACAGCGUCAUUCGUCCAGGUGCCUAUCCUUUAGUAUGGUUGAAUGAAUCUUUCAUUAUGGAUAAUGGAACGAGAGAUGAUUUACAAUCUUCAAUUUUCAAUCCAGAGAAGAUAGUCAAAAUCGCUUGCUGGUCUGCAGUUGGUGUGGGAGGUGCUCUCAUUAUUCUGUCUGCAGUACUAUGUUUGGUCAAUGUGUUUUAUUUGGGCAGCAAAGAGGAGAAGGAUGAAUAG